AUGGGCGACGACGCUCGUACCAUCGCCAUCGAAACACUAUGCGACAUCCGUCUCCACAGAUCCUUUAUUCUGCCUGCUUCCGUUCUCCCCAAUGGCGGACAGGAUCUACGAAUCACCUACUCGGACCUUGGAUACCAUCCGGACAUUACCAAGAGGUCGGCUGAUGGCGAAGGAGGAGAUACCGAUGAGGAUCCAUGCAUCGUCUUCUUCAUCGGCGGCCUCUUAGGUGGCCGAAAUACACUGUGUCGCUCAGCCAGCAUUGCUCGACGUCUCAAGGUCCGAAUCAUCUCCAUGGACAGGCCAGGGCUUGGUGGCUCCACGCGAGUUCCUCUGGAUCAACGUGUGGCGGUACAGGUCGCCGCUGUUCCUGCUCUGCUCAGUCACUUGGGUAUCCGACAUGUAACGCUGGCAUCCCAUUCUGGAGGGGCACCGUAUCUGAUCGCAACGCUUCUGGCGCAUCGGGGUUUGCUUCAUCCAAAACGGCCUCAUAUCGUCCUGCUCUCUCCAUGGGUGCAUCCCAAAGAAGGAGGCGCCCGCCUGAUGCAGAUUACUGCAAUGCUGCCGCUCCAGGCGAUUGGCAAGUUUCCUUCGUUGGCCAGGACUGUCAAUCGUACUUUUGCGUUCAGCUCGGGGCUGCGCGGGGGAUCUCCCAGCAAAUCAGCCACCGUCGUCGCGCCCAAGACUGGAGAGAUCGAUGACCAGAACGGCAGCGAAGAUUCUUUUCAGAAAGCUGUUCUGACUGAAAUGGAGGCCUUGGCUGUAAAGUACAUGUUCGCUGAAGAUAUUGAAGGCUCCUCAGACGAUGCCAUCCUAUUUCUACGAAAGCACUUCCACCCGGUGAUUGCGACAGCAGAUGCCGGGGCUGCACUUGGCAAGGACUGGCUUGACUGGAGGACUCUUGCUGACGCAGUUGUCGAGCAAGAAAAGCGCCUGAACCAGGGCACUGCCGACUCUGAAAACCUACACAUCGACGUGCUACAUUCUGAAAAAGACAUCAUGAUUCGCCCCAGUGGGUCAAGGCACUUUGAUGAUUGCUGGGCAAGUGCUAUUUCACAAUCGAAAAUCACCUUCAACUCCAAGAUCAUCAAAGGUGUCAAUCACGAUUCCAUCCUAGAUCCUAUUCAAGGUGCCAGCGAGACUUGGCUCAAGUGUGUCGCCCAGCGAUGGUACAGCUAA